AUAAAGGACUGUUUUUACUCAGGCCACAGUUCAAUUCGUUUCAGAAACGAUUGUGUAAACGUUAACAGCUUUUUGAGCUAGAAAUGUCUUGUACAGCCAUACUGAAUAUGCCAAGACUCCUUCAACGUCGCCUGCUUGGGGUCGCAAUGAUACUACAACCUAACAGAAAUUUGAGGACAUUUAUCCCGACUGGGCAAAAUUUAUUAAAGAAGAUACAGCUGCCCCUAUAUGACAAACAUAGGGAAAUGGCGCCAGUUAUCCAGCUCAAGCAAGGCCUGGCGAAGCAGCCAUGGCAUUUUAGAAAGCCGAUCGAAUACCCGCAGCUGACUGGUUCCGAUCAUUGGAGGCGCAAGAUGCGCACCGUAUUUAGAGUCUUCGACCUAAACGGUGAUGGUUGCAUCACACAAGAAGAUAAGGAGGAGAUGAACAGACGUACCGCAGAGUAUAUGAAUCUUGAUGAUGACAAGACUAAAACUGUUCUGAACCAGCGCCGUACCUACUGGGGAGAUGAAGCCCCUGACAAAGUAUUUGAGAAUGAGUUCGUAGAGAGUCAUCUAGUCAAGAUGAAUGAAAUCAAGUUCCGAGAAUUUUGGUUUGAUAUCCUUACUUCGAGAUUUCAAAUGAUGGAUCUUAAUGGAGAUGGACUCAUUUCUACAGAUGAACAUGCUGCUAUGUUCUACAGCUACAAGAUCCCUACUGAGCAUUCGAAGAAAGUGUUUGACAUUCUUGAUAGUAACAAUGAUGGUUUCAUCUCCAUGGAAGAGUUUUCCCACGCGUACACUGAAUUCUGGUAUACCGAAAAUCCUGACAACAUAUUCAAUGAAUGCUACGGUCCACUCAUUGACAAUGAAACUUGAAACGAUGUUUCCUAUUACCGAUUUCCAAAUACUCUGCUUCAAAGAUAAACUGUUGCAACCAAACAAAGACCACCCAUUUCGUUCAGAAUGAGGGCAAAUAGCCACCAGAAGGCCGGUUUUAAAGCCCUUAGCGAACAACAGCCAUUGUAAA